GUCACACUCACCAACUUGCCAUAUAUUUACCUACAUUAUAAAGUAAUUGUAAAUGUAAUUUUAAUUUAAUCGGUUGUUUUGUCACUCUGUGCUAACUGUGUUUUUUGUGUAUUGUUUACCAUUAAUUUGUUACGUAUAAGUAAUUAGUUGGUUCAAACAAAUCUUCGCUCAACAUUAUUAUGUAGAGUUGAUCAGGUUCAUACCAAAUGCAAACUAGAUUUACCUGUACCUGUACGUCAGUCGUUUCAAAGUAGGUGUGAUGCUGUAUUAGCAUCAUCUUUUUAACAUUAAAACUGGUGUAAAUGAAAUAAACUUGUGAUAUGUUUUGUAACAAGACAGGGUACCUGGCCUUUGUAAAUUGAGUGUUCGGAGAGAUAAUUAACAGAAUAUAUCAAAACAAUAUAAAUGAUGUCGGCGUCAUACUACGACUACUACGAUGGUAGCAAAUUGUUUCUAUUCAUUUCAAGUAGAAUUGGUCUGCCUAUAGAUCUUGUUAAUUUUUUGGUAGCACAAGUAGCAGCACUAUGCCUGGCCAGACUAUUUCGGAAACCAUUGCGACUAGCUUCACCAGAAUUUCGUCAUUCUGUGUGCCUUGUUAUAGGUUUGCUAAUGGGAUAUUUCUGCUUUGGAAAACAAGCGGUCCAUUUAUCAAUUUUACCGAUGUUAAGUUUCAUACUAUUAAAGACGCUACCUCAUCGCAUCAUGGGAAAUGUAAUAUUGACGACGUCAAUGUUAUAUUUAUCCUGUCUCCACUUACAUCGGCAGCUGUAUCAUACGGCGAAUUACUCACUAGAUAUAACAGGUCCACUAAUGGUAAUAACUCAGAGGGUCACGUCACUAGCGUAUCUUCUACAAGACAAUCUGCUUAAGAAAGAGAUAAACUGCAACAAUGCGAAAGGCGACGGUCCAGCUGCCAAAGUCGACAAGAUACCUUCACCUCUGGAGUACUUUGCAUACACACUCGCCUUCCAAACCCUCAUGUGCGGCCCUGUCGUCUUCUACUCAGAUUAUAUCAAAUUUAUCGAAAGUGCUCGUGUUGACGGGGUAGUGAAGGACAAAUCGAAUGAAUCAGAGCCGUCGCCGCGGCGCGCCGUGCUGUUCAAGGUGGUUGGGUCAGUCGCCGCGGCCGUGCUCUACCUCACGUUGGCGCAGAAGUACCCUCUUACUGUUCUAGAAGAACUAACAGACCCGACAUCGGAGGUGUCGCGGUCGUGGUCCGCAGUGUACCUGCUGUGGUACGCCUACCUCUCCACGCUGGUGGUGAGGUGCAAGUACUACCACGCGUGGCUGCUCUCUGAAGCCAUCUGCAACAACUCCGGCAUGGGAUUCAACGGUUACGAGGCCGAUGGCACCCCCAAAUGGGACAAGAUGUCCAACAUUGAUGUCUUCGGAUUUGAGUUCGCGGGCAACUUCCGCACGGCGGUGUCGAGCUGGAACCGCAACACGAACACGUGGCUGCGCAGCGUGGCGUACGCGCGCGGCGGCGGCGGGGCGGGCACGGCGCGCGUCUACGCGCUCUCCGCGCUCUGGCACGGCUUCCACCCCGGAUACUAUCUCACGUUCUUUGCUGGAGGACUAUUUACUAUCGCCGCUAAGAAGGUCCGCGCUGUGAUUCGUCCUAUGUUCUUAGACAGCAGACCUAAAAAGUUCUUCUACGACUCGCUGACGUUCAUCACGACCCGCGUCGCCAUGACCUACGCCACCGUGCCCUUUGUCCUGCUGCAUCUGACGCCUAGCCUCGCAUUUUACGGGAAAUUUUACUACUCGUUACAUUUUAUUGCACUGGGCGCGUUAUUACUGCCCAGUAAGUCAGGCAGUAUGUCAACCAGCACGUCAACACACGAACUUCCGCCGAUGUCUUCCAAAGGGAACAAGGACUUACAAACCGAUACAAAUGGUGACCUCAACGGUAAACUAAAAAUAUCCUAAAAGAUGACAUUUUUAUAUCUUUAUAGCAAUUCUUUUAAAUAUCUCACUAACAUUUGCAGAAGUAACUUGCAUUUAUUUCUAUUAUGAAUAACAAAGUAUUAUUUUUUCGUUUUUAAUUAUUUUUUAUGUUAUGGACAGCCAUAGUUAAACCAUAUACUGGCUUUAGAUAUUUCGAUAAAUUGCACAAAACUAAUUUUAUUUAUUACAAUUCAAAAUAUAAUAUUUAAUAUCAUUACAUUCUUUACAAAUGUAAAAAUAGAUGACGAAUAUAUUACUAUAAAUUUAAUUAUACUUUCAAUGGACUUCCAGAUUUACAUAGGUGAACAAAUCAUAUUUUUUUACUAAUAGUUGUGUGACUUUUAAGGUUUAAUACGAGAAAGACAUAUUUUCGCGUCAAAGAAAUACUAAACACAAAGAGAGGAGCCAAUAGUUAUGUUAAGCUUUGUAGAUUUUUGUCUCUGUCACACAAAGCUACUUUUUAUUCCAAAAAAAUAGUGAAAGAGAUGGCGCUCUACAAAAAAGUACUUUUCGUAUUGUCUCCAUCUAAAUUUCGAUUUGCAAUAUUUUUUGUUGCUUAUAUUUGUGACAAAAUAUUAACAUG